AUGAAGCUCCUACUGGUUGCUGCUGCUGUACUGACUGUGGCCAGCUGUGCCAGCAUUUCUCUGGAGGACCUGGAGUUCCACGCCUGGAAAUUAAAGUUUGGAAAGUCCUAUAACUCUCCUUCAGAGGAGGCUUACCGCAUGAAAAUCUGGCUCAAUAACCGCAGACUGGUGCUGAUGCACAACAUCAUGGCUGAUCAGGGCAUCAAGUCCUACCACCUUGGCAUGACCUACUUUGCUGACAUGGUCUUCCUUGAAGACCUCCAGCUUUCUCUGCAAGGCGCCAACAGCUGUCAUCAGGAUGGGCCGUGCCGUUACGACCCUGCCAAGAUAGGUGCCACAUGCACAGGUUACAUUAAAGUGAAACAGGGUGAUGAAGAUGCCCUGAAGGAGGCUGUGGCCAGUGUUGGACCUGUGUCAGUUGGCAUUGAUGCUUCUCAUAAAACCUUCCAGCUCUAUAAAUCAGGGGUGCAUGAUGAGCCAGACUGCAGCAGCUUAUGGUUGCACCAUGCUGUGCUGGCUGUAGGUUACGGCACUGAAAACGGACAUGACUACUGGCUGGUUAAUAACAGCUGGGGUCUACACUGGGGAGAAAAGGGAUACAUCAAGAUGUCCAGGAACAAACACAACCAGUGUGGCAUUGCUACUGAUGCCUUCUAUCCCCUGGUCUGA